AUGGCCACGUUUUCCAGCUACUUGAUAUGUAGUUAUCCAUUCACCGGAAACAUCCUGUCUAAUAAUCAUCUUUAGUUAUGGCCAAGGCUGGUUUUGUUUACAUGCCAAGUCUUUUGUCUGGCCGCAAUGUUUAUGGAGCUGGCGUUCAAGCAGUAAAAGUCAUGGCAACUGGGCGUGAGUGAAUUGUUUUUCUUUAAUUUGCGUUUGAAAGUGACUGCUGGUGCUGCCCAUGGAACGACGAGUUACGUUUGUGCAAAACUCCUCAAUCAACACGACAGCCCAACUAGUCAUGCCGUAGCUGGCGCUGUCGCUGGACUGAUAAUCCGAUGGAAAUGUGAGUCGUCUUAUUUAACCUUCCUCGAACAUACGCGUACUUGGUCCCUAUUUUACCUAAGAAAAUUCACAGACCGUUGCACAUACGUGUCCUUAGGUGGAGCCCCACCCAUAGUAUACAUAGGAGAAAUAUAUCGUCCUGAUUGCUUAAGCAAUGUGCACUAGGCUGUGCACAUUAUACACCAGAUGUUCAACACCAAAUAUGUCUGAAAAUUUUCUGGUGAAUAACUUCAACCACUGCGUGCGUGACAGUAGCAUUCACCGAACUACCUGAUAGCAUUCUACUCGCCCAGGGCUAGCCCAGUCGCGGGCUAGUGUUGCGAUUGACUGGAUUUUUUCAGCAAUCCCAGCGGACACUGUCCACACGGGGACAGUAGGUUGACGCGCCUUCUCGGGCGAGUUGAGGACGUUGUAGCCCGAGGCGAUUUCAGUCACCAGACAGGGGCCUAAAUUCUGGACAAUGUGCGUGCGUACGCGUAAAGGGACCCCCAGGUGUGCCGCGCAAAAUGCACUCGGGUGAGCAUCAAAGAGGGGGUGUAGCAGAAAAGCUUCUUUCCUCGCGCAGGUCGAGCACUGCCCGCCAGUCAGGUUAGUAGCCCUGAAAUAGCUCGCAAGGCAAACGGGCUAGCAAACGUCUAGCCCGGGGCGAGUAAGUGCUAUCAGAGUGAUUUUAAAUAUUAUCAAUGAUAAUCGACAGGACAUGGGCACGUAGACCAAUUUAUGUAGCUGUCAACUUUGGUAUGUUUGUUGGCCGGGUUAUUAUUUCAAAUUCUCGUCUGAGUUUUGGGUCCUGCCGGCCGGCCGACGACUACAGGUACGCCUGAACUGCCCUCUCCAGUCUCCCUUGUCUUUUUCAUCGGCCACGAAGCUCGCUUGCGUUUCGGGAAAACCGAUUUUACUAAUAAAACACCAUAAUAAAGGACGCUAGUGACUGUUUGUGUCAUCUUCGGUGCCACUCGUUUAGGCGUGCUCGAUCACAAUUUUCUACAUAUGCAUACUUUUAUCCAACUGCAGGUUAAAGAAUUGGGAGAUGCACCACUAAUCGACGACGUUAAACAAUUGUUUAAGACGGCCGGUAGAUAUUUAUAUUUCUUGAUUAGUAUGUGCUCAGGAACCAAAAGGACUAGAUAACAGAUUUAGUUAGCUGUUACCGUCUGUAGUCUGUAUGUUUGACUUCCUAUAAUGCCACAACGUGUGGCUUCUGUCUUUUUGGCGGCACAUCUACGUACUUAUCGAAAACCUCCCCAGUGAGGGUCAUGUCUUCUUACCAGCUUAGUAGGUUUUUGAUCAUGCCUCGUCCAGCCGGCGCCCCGUGAUGUUGUGGGUAGUAGUUCUUAACGCAAGAAGCUCGACUGAGGCGAUGGAGAAAGUCGGCCCCAUUCUCUUUACCAGCGCUAAAAAUCAAACACUAAAGAUCCAAUAGUCAUCUCCACGUCUUGGUGGGUUGUUUCGAGUCAGUUUUUGAGUUCAUCCCCUCUCAUUUGUUUAGGCGGCGGGGGAUUCCGGAGUCUCAUUCUGAUCAUGUGACGGAUGACGAAAAGAGUGCCGAAACCAACUGGACCAUAUUCCUUGAGUGGCACUAAAGAUCCUCCUGAUGUUGUUUCAGCAGGCUCGAACCGUCUCAUUCGAGAUGAAUUUGGUGCAUCUCAGUCGGAGUCUCGUUCUGGGUUAGCAGCGACCGAUGAUCCUUAGUUUUUUCUCGUUGUGGUGGUAAUUAAGAUAUUGUGGUGGGGUUACGGGCACUCCAAAAGGUUUGGAAAAACCUGCGGACAGCAUCUAUUAAGGCUGCGAUGCUUCUGUUGCCCUAUGCGUUUGUCGGCAACCUGGACUAAUAUAUUUAAAACUGUCUACUCCUGGUUGGGCUAUUGUUUCCGAGCGGUUUUUUGAUCAGAAAUGCCGCUCGACAGUACUUUCUUAUUUACAACGUUUAUGCAUGGAGGUACUGCCUCAGCAACCUCGUCCACCUGGUAUGGGAAGUGAGGUCUACCCGGCAACCUAGCUGCUGUUUAUUGGUACGACCUUCCAUGGAAGUAGACGUAUUCACUUGAUGUAAAAGUAGUCGCAGACCUAAGGUCACAGUGCCAUUAUGGUGCGGAUAACGAGGGUUUGGGACGCCGACUGAAGAUGAUAAAGACAUGCUGACCGUAAAGCAGAGUUCGAGAGUUUGCUUACCAUCGCUGUAUUGUGGUUGUCAAGUCGUCCUUUCACUGAAGGUUUGCUGCAACAGCACGAGAAGUAUGCACCGUCAUGGAGAAUAGAUUUCUCAGCCUUUUCGUAUGUUCGCAUGCCUCACCGCGAAGCGACCGCAGUUGACUUGCCGCCUACGUGUUAUCCCUGUUAAUUUGGCGACUAUACAGUUUAUAACUCACCAGAACCAUGACGAGUAGGAUUACUGUUUACGGUAAUUUCCGACUCUCAAUGAAGUUCAGAUAUAUACUGUAUUUUUAAAUCCUGUUCAACUGUUUUCCGACGUCUUCGAAAACACUAUUUUGGGGCAGAAUCAGCGGGAGUCUAAUUUAAAUGUGAAAAGCAAGAUAAUUUUUACGAAACGCUCUUUAGCCACUAUUUUUUUUUCGUGAAGUUUGAAUUUUUGUAUAUUUGGUGUGCAGUUACGGUUGCUGUUUUCGAUUAGUGGGUGCCUACAUUACUCUAAUUGUCAGGCUGCCGAAAUUGUUUAAAAAUCACGCCCGGUAUACUUUGCCUAAGGGCUAUUCGUGCUAAAACAGCACGCGUAGUAAAGAUCGUGCUGGUUCCGUCCGAAAUCACAAGAUAAACCAGCGUUUCUCAUUAUUCCCUCUUUUUUGUCUAGCUCCGCUGGCAAGCCGAAUGAACUUGGUGCUCGGCCUCGCUUUCCUUUCGGGACUGGCCAAAGCACUUGAGAUGAUAAGACCCCAGUACGCCAACCAGUCCAUUGCUCGAUGCCGAGGAUGCGUCCCAAACGCAUACUUAACUUUGAACCACCGUUACAUGAACAAAAAUUGGAAGAAGGAGGAAGAGGAGUUGGAAUCCUUCCUGUAG